GAGCACAUUGAAAUUGAACGUCAUAUAAAUGGCGAUACGCGACGUGCGUAUGACGUAUACGGCGAUACACGGAAGAAAUUACUUGCAAUAAGCGAGCGACCACUUUGCCAAGUCAGUUUUGUUAAUACGAGACACGGUGUUGCCGGUUUGUUAAACGAUUGGAUUUUUUAUAAACGAGCUGUGUCUGGUGGUUUUUCUGCGGUAGCGAGAACUACACGUCUCUGCGAAAGGAUGGCGAGUUGACCUAUCGCGAAGAACGGAAUGCUAUGCGCGCACAACGAUUAUUAAAGUGAAGUUACUCCAAUCAAUGCUAAUUAAAAUAUAAGGAUGGCGGACGUUGAUCCUGAAACUUUGUUAGAAUGGCUGAGCAUGGGCCAGGGAGAUGAGAGAGACAUGCAGUUGAUUGCAUUAGAGCAAUUAUGCAUGUUGUUGCUCAUGUCUGACAAUGUCGAUCGUUGCUUUGAAUGUUGUCCUCCGCGCACGUUUCUGCCAGCACUUUGCAGAAUCUUUUUAGACGAAUUGGUACCAGACAGUGUAUUAGAAGUGACUGCUCGAGCUAUCACAUAUUACUUGGAUGUUUCUGCAGAAUGUACUCGCAGAGUAGUAGCUAUGGAAGGUGCCGUAAAGGCAAUUUGCAGUCGACUUUCAGGUGCAGGUCUUGGUUCAAGAGCCAGUCGAGAUCUGGCAGAACAAUGUAUAAAGGUGUUAGAACUUGUAUGUGCAAGAGAAGCAGGUGCUGUGUUUGAAGCUGGAGGUCUCCCUUGUGCUUUAUGUUUUAUUCGAGAACAUGGAGCACGUGUACAUCGGGAUACAUUGCACUCAGCAAUGGCGGUAGUUACUCGGUUGUGCGGCAAAAUUGAACCUCAGGAUAAAACUCUACCUGAUUGCGUCGAAGCUUUAUCGGUAUUACUCAGACAUGAAGAUGCUCAUGUUGCGGAUGGCGCACUUCGUUGCUUUGCAUCAUUGGCAGACAGGUUUUCUAGAAGAGGAACAGAUCCUGCACCAUUAGCAUCAAAUGGAUUAGUUUCAGAGCUUCUAUAUAGGUUGUCAAAUGCAGCAGGACCUAGUACAUCCACUACAGCUGCUUGCAGUAAUCCGAAAACACCUCCAAUAUCGACAACUACUACCACAGUUCCAGCUCCAGAACCAAAGUCCUGUGCUUCAGUUUCAACUAUAAUUAGCCUAUUAUCAACACUUUGCAGAGGAUCGCCCUCAAUUACGCACGAUCUCUUACGUUCAGAGUUACCGGAUGCGAUAGAAAAGGCUCUAAAAGGAGACGAACGAUGCGCUCUUGAUUCCAUGAGGCUGGUUGAUCUUUUGUUAGUUUUACUAUUUGAGGGAAGAUCGGCAUUAGGUCGUAGCACUACCGGUGGUCCGUCUGGUCCUUUGUUACCAAGACUAAGACGAUUGGAUAGCGCCGGAGAAAAGUCGCAUAGGCAAUUGAUCGAUUGCAUACGCUCGAAAGAUACGGAUGCAUUAAUAGAAGCAAUCGAUUCAGGUGGAAUUGAAGUAAACUUUAUGGAUGACGUUGGGCAAACCUUGCUUAACUGGGCCUCAGCAUUUGGUACGCAAGAAAUGGUAGAAUUUUUGUGUGAUCGAGGAGCGGAUGUUAAUAAAGGUCAGCGAUCGUCUAGUUUGCAUUACGCUGCUUGUUUCGGGAGACCAGCUAUCGCAAAGGUUCUACUUAGACACGGUGCUAAUCCUGAUUUACGCGACGAAGACGGCAAAACACCUUUAGAUAAAGCCAGAGAGCGUGUAGAUGAAGGACAUAGAGAAGUCGCAGCCAUUUUACAAUCGCCUGGAGAAUGGAUGUUACCACCGAAUCAGGAACAUAGGAAACUUGAAACGGAAGUGGAAGAAUUCACAGAACCUAAAGGAGACCCUGAAAUGGCUCCUGUUUAUCUUAAAAGAUUGUUGCCAGUAUUUUGUGCAACUUUUCAAUCGACCAUGUUACCGAGUGUUAGGAAAGCGAGUUUGAGUUUGAUAAGAAAGAUGGUACAUUACAUUCAACCGGAAUUACUUAUAGAAACUUGUGGAUCUGAUAAAACAGGCGGAUGUGGAGCUAUGCUUGUAGAAGUAAUCGCCAAUGUUUUGGACAACGAGGAAGAUGAGGACGGUCAUUUGGUCGUCCUGCAAAUGAUACAAGACCUGAUGAUUAAAGGCAAAGAUGAAUUCUUAGAGCAUUUCGCACGUUUAGGGGUGUUUUCGAAAGUUGCUGCUUUAGCUGGACCACAAGAAAGCACACCCGAGCCAGAAGCAGAAUCAAAUCAGUCAGGAGAAGAACAAAAAAUGGAAGAUGCAAAAGAAAUAUUAGUAGGAAGAGCGUAUCACUGGAGAGAUUGGUGUAUAUGCAGGGGACGUGAUUGUUUGUACAUCUGGUCUGAUGCGGCGGCUUUAGAACUGUCGAAUGGAAGUAACGGAUGGUUUAGAUUUAUCCUCGACGGUAAAUUGGCAACUAUGUAUUCCAGUGGAAGUCCGGAAGGUGGAACGGAUACUUCCGGAAAGGGGCGAAAUACAGAGUCGCUUAGUACUGAAGAAAACCGUGGUGAAUUUCUGGAAAAACUGCAAAGAGCACGUAAUCAAUUAAAAGUGAAUUUUGUGAGUCAGCCUGUGCUUUCUCGGCCUGGUACUACACGUCUAGUUGUAGGAAAUUGGACGUUAUCCAGUAGAAAAGAAAGCGAAUUAUGUAUACACAACAGUGAUGGUCAACAACAAGCAACGAUUCUCAGAGAAGACUUGCCAGGUUUCAUCUUUGAAUCAAACAGAGGUACUAAGCACUCUUUUACGGCUGAAACCAGUUUAGGUCCGGAAUUUGCAGCAGGUUGGACAGGCAAAAGAGGAAAGAGAUUAAGAUCAAAAAUUGAAGCAAUUAAACAGAAAGUUAAAGUAGAAGCACAAGAGAUAUAUGAACGUUACUUUAAGGCGGCUCAAGCUCAACCGCGUGGUGUGGUUGCUAAACUUAGUGCUAUUGUUUGUCAAAUCGAGAAAGCAACUCAAAAACAACAAUCUGGAAAUCGCGAGUGGCGUAAUAUGUUACAAACUGCAUUGGAACAACUGAAAGUGUUAUUAAAUGAAGAGGGUCGAGUGUCGUCAUAUGAAUUGCACUCCAGUGGUCUUGUACAAGCGUUGCUAGCUUUACUGGCUGCACCUCCUGGACCAUCAUAUCCAACAUUAAGAGCAACAAAGCUUAGAAUUCAAAGAAUAGCUGUAUUUAGAAGCUGUUUUCAAACAAAAGACAUAAACAAAGACUAUAAUUCAGCUAAGAUUUUAGUUCACAAAUUGGUAUCGGUGUUAGAAUCAAUAGAAAAAUUAUCCAUCUACUUGUAUGACUCGCCUGGAUCAGGUUAUGGUUUACAGAUUUUGACAAGAAAAUUACGCUUCCGAUUAGAAAAAGCUUCUGGCGAGAGCGCGUUAAUAGAUCGAUCUGGUCGUAGCUUAAAAAUGGAACCGUUGAGUACGAUACAACAAUUAGAAAAUCAUUUAUUAAAAAUGGUAGCCAAACAAUGGCACGAUCACGAUAGAUCUACAUUUACAUUUGUGAAAAAAUUGAAGGAAGAAAAUAAAGUAACGUUCAAGUAUCAACACGAUUUUGAUGAAAACGGUUUGCUGUAUUGGGUCGGAACAAACGCUAAAACUUGUUCUGAGUGGGUAAACCCCGCCCAAUAUGGUUUAGUUGUCGUCACGUCAAGCGACGGAAGAAAUUUGCCAUACGGUCAUCUCGAAGAUAUACUUAGCCGUGAUCCAUCGGCCUUGAAUUGUCAUACCAAUGAUGACAAACGCGCCUGGUUCUCAAUAGAUCUUGGAGUUUGGAUUAUUCCAAAUGCUUAUACUUUAAGACACGCAAGAGGAUAUGGUAGAAGUGCUUUGAGAAAUUGGAUGUUUCAAGCCUCAAAAGACGGUGUUACUUGGAUAACGUUGUACGCUCAUGUAGACGAUUGUUCUUUAAAUGAUCCGGGUAGUACAGCAACUUGGACAUUAGAACCUCCAAAUGAAGAAACGCAAGGUUGGCGACAUUUACGUUUACAACAAAUAGGAAAGAAUGCUUCUGGACAAACGCAUUAUUUGUCCGUAUCCGGAUUUGAAGUUUACGGAGAAGUUACUGGAGUAUGCGAAGAUUUAGGCCGUGCGGCCAAAGAAGCCGAAGCCGGUGUACGGAAGCAAAGAAGAUUGAUUAAAACACAAGUUCUUAAGCAUUUAGUUGCCGGAGUCAGAGUAGCCAGAGGGUUAGAUUGGAAAUGGAGAGAUCAGGAUGGAGUACCGCCAGGUGAAGGAACAGUUACAGGAGAAUUACAUAACGGAUGGAUAGACGUAACUUGGGAUCAUGGUGGAUCAAAUUCGUACAGAAUGGGUGCAGAAGGAAAAUAUGAUCUUAAGUUAGUCGGCACCAGUCUCGAAACAGAUAGCGCAACAAAAUGUAAAACUGGUGGAGGAGUUUUAACGGGUCGCAAAUCAAAUAGCACUCCUAGUUUGCCCGAUUGCACCGACACCACUAUGCGUGGUUCGGUGGCUUCUACAGACCAAGCCGCAAGUGCAGAUAAUCUAGCAGCAAAGCAAGCCGCCGAAUCGAUAGCCGAGAGUAUGUUAUCAGUGGCACGUGCUGAAGCGGUGGUUGCUGUGACUGGUGAGAGUGGAGCAAAUUCAACAAGUGAACUUUCGGUUGUAUUACAUCCCAGACCUGACACAACUGUUACUAGUGAUCUGGCUACUAUUGUCGAGAGUCUCACUCUUAAUACAGAUUGCCCAGUUAACAGUACUAGCAAUCGAGCAUCUAGCUCAAAAUCACUUUUCGCUUCUGUAAGAGGAAACAAAACCAGCGGAGGCUUGCUGAGUUUAGAAACUGCUGAGGUUUUGGAUCGUAUGAGAGAAGGCGCUGAUAGAUUACGGAACAAUACUAACAGUUUUCUCAGUGGUGAAUUACUUGGAUUAGUUCCUGUUAGAAUCAGCGUUUCUGGCGAGUCGGAUGAAAAUUCACUAAGGAUUAAGUCAGUGCCGAGACACCAUCCCACUGGCAUUGCAGAUGUUGCUAAAGACUGUACUCGAGAGAAAGAAGCUAGCUCAUCUACACAAAAUACAACGGGUGGUUGUCCUGUUGUGGUUACCAAUCCCAUGUCGGUAUCUGUGCCUAAUCUCGCUUGUUCCGAUGCUAACAAUACCUUGGAAUCAACAGCUGCUACUGGUUUAUUGGAAACCUUUGCUGCAAUGGCGCGAAGACGAACGUUAGGACCGACGGGUGGACAACAUCUUGCUUCAAAUUCUAAUACAAGUUCUAAUCCACGAGGACCAAAUUCCGUAUCUAGUCUCGUAAGAUUGGCACUCAGUCCUAACUUUCCUGGUGGAUUACUUAGUACAGCCCAAAGUUACCCAAGCCUAACAAGUAGUGGACAAGUAGCUGGUAGUGGAGUCACUACGACGACUGGACCAGGUUUAGGACAAGCGCUUACUAUGUCUCUGACUAGUACAAGUAGCGACAGCGAACAGGUUAGUCUCGAAGAUUUCUUGGAAUCUUGCUCCGGAGGUGUGGUUCCUUCUGGUGCAGGCGGAGGUCGUACUACUGGUGGGCCUACACUUCUGACCGAAUUAGAAGAUGACGAAGAUGGUGUUUUAGAAGAAGAGGAAGAUAACGAAGAAAAUGAUCAAGAAGAAGAAGAUGAGGAAAAUGAAGAAGAAGGCGAUGGUUGUGAAGGCGAAUAUGAAGAGGUAAUGGUAAGUCGCAAUCUUCUAGCAGCUUUUAUGGAAGAAGAAGCACCACAAAGCAGCAAGAGACGCGCAUGGGAUGAUGAAUUUGUUCUAAAACGUCAGUUUUCUGCACUUAUUCCUGCUUUUGAUCCACGUCCCGGUCGGACAAAUAUUAAUCAGACAACGGAUUUGGAGAUUCCUCCGCCUGGCAGUGAAACGCAAAUCAAUAGUCGUGUAGGAUCUUUACCUAUGCCUAGACUUUCUUUAUCAUUAAAAGGUCCAGGAUUUCCAGGCGUAGCAGAUGUUGAAAUACCACUUACAGAUUCUCACUCAAGCAUUUUUAAAGCAGUACAAGAACUGAUGCAAUUAACUGAAUUAGGCAGUCGUCAGGAAAAAUUAAAAAGGAUAUGGGAACCGACCUACACAAUCAUAUAUAAGGAAGCCAAGGACGAGGAGUCAUCCGGCCGAGCAACGCCAAUUGUAACAUUAUACUCUCGUAAUCCUACACAAAAUGCAAAUGCAUGCACCGUGGAAGAUGUUCUUCAACUUUUAAGAUAUGUAUUUGUCUUGGGCACUAUUCGAGAUGACGGUGCUUCAUUAGAGCAAGAAGAAUCGAAUGACGCAACUUUCUGGCUUCCGGAUGACUUUACAUCCAAGAAAAUCACAAAUAAGAUCGUGCAACAAAUUCAAGAUCCGUUAGCUUUAGCCGCUGGUGCAUUGCCCAGUUGGUGCGAAGAACUUGCGCGAAGCUGUCCAUUUUUGUUGCCUUUUGAAACUAGGCGACUCUAUUUCAGUUGCACUGCUUUUGGUGCUUCACGGUCUAUUGUAUGGUUACAAACGCAACGAGAUGCUAUUCUUGAAAGACAAAGAGCACCAGGUUUAAGUCCACGACGUGACGACAGUCACGAAUUUCGUGUUGGCAGACUUAAACAUGAAAGAGUCAGUGUACCGAGAGGAGAAAAAUUACUAGAUUGGGCAGAACAAGUUUUAAAGGUACAUGCAAGUCGCAAGAGUAUACUCGAGGUUGCUUUCGUAGGAGAAGAAGGUACCGGUCUCGGACCUACUUUAGAAUUCUUUGCAUUAGUCGCAGCAGAAUUGCAACGUAAAGACUUGGGUCUUUGGUUAUGCGAUGACGCUAAUGACAACGAUGGCACGCAGAUCUCAAGCGAAGACCAAUCCUAUACUUCCGGAGAAAAGAUUAGACCUGCGGGAUAUUACGUUAUGAGACCGAGCGGUUUGUUCCCGGCCCCAUUGCCGCAAGAGUCAGCAGCUUGCGAUCGCGCUGUUCGGUAUUUCUGGUUCCUAGGAGUAUUUUUGGCAAAAGUUCUUCAGGAUAAUAGAUUAGUAGAUCUACCGUUAUCCCGUCCAUUCUUAAAAUUAAUGUGUCAUGGUGAUAUUUCGAACAAUGUCAACGAAAAAAUUGGUCUUAGCGGCGUUACGCAAGACAGUAUAUCAUCCAGCAUGACGAGCAGCUUUAUAUCAGAAGAAGGAGAAAGCAACGCUCUAUACUCGUCGUUAGAACCUUGCCCGUGGUACGCUGGUUUACUAGAUAUAGAAGAUCUUGUCGAGGUAGAUCCUGUGAGAGGAGAAUUUCUCAAAGAAAUACAAAAUGCUAUUACUAAACGCGACAGAACUUUCUCCGACGGUUCAAGUUCCGCUGAAAAAGAAAUGUCAUUAUACAUCACUCAUUCAUCAGGCACUUCAGUGGCUAUUGAAGAUUUAGCUUUAACCAUGACAUAUUCACCAAGUUCGAAAGUUUUUCAACAUGAUCAGGUGGAAUUAAUAGAAAACGGCUCGGACAUAACAGUGACCGCGGAAAAUGCAAGAGAAUACACUAGUCUUACGAUUAAUUACUGCCUUAAUCAGGGAAUUCAUAGACAACUCGAAGCGUUCAAGUCAGGCUUUUCAAAAGUCUUUCCGAUGGAAAAACUCCAUGUUUUUAGUCCCGAGGAAAUGAGAGCAAUGCUUUGUGGAGAGCAGAAUCCGCAAUGGACCAGAGAAGAUUUGCUUAGUUAUACCGAGCCAAAACUAGGAUAUACAAAAGAAAGUCCCGGCUUUCAGAGAUUUGUCAACGUGCUACUAUCAUUGACUGGUCCCGAAAGGAAAGCAUUCUUACAAUUUGCCACGGGUUGCUCGGCCCUACCUCCGGGCGGUUUGUGUAAUUUACAUCCCAGAUUGACUGUUGUACGGAAAGUGGACGCUGGAUCGGGUGGUUAUCCUUCUGUUAAUACUUGUGUUCAUUACUUAAAAUUACCAGAAUAUCCUACCGAGGAGAUGCUAAAGGAAAAACUCUUGGCUGCAACUCGAGAAAGAGGAUUUCACUUGAAUUAAAUUUUUUCUCUAAGAAUUCUGAUAUUUAAGUUAUUGUAGAGAUAUGUGGGAAAAAAAAUUACAUUUAACGGGUUGAUAUCAUGUAUAUGUGUAUAUGUAGGAAAAAUAUGGCCUUUAUUAUAAUUUAAUUGUUUUUUUUUCUUUUUUGUUUUUGAGCACGAUUACUACAAAUAGAAAGCAAUUUGGUGACUUUCGGAACGAAACUAUCUCAGCAGAAAUAUAUCUAUACGAUAAUACUGAACAUGAACUCUUUUUUCUUUUUUACAUCACUACAAAAGUUUUGUUUUUAAAUUUUUUUAGAUGUACAAUAGUUCCGCAUGUUUCCGAAUUCUUUUUAUUAGAAUAACAUCGAAGUGUAUUAUACAUUUCAGCAAAUUCGUGAUCACUAAACGAACCUGUCGUCCAAUACUUUCAGCUCUCUUAAAAGUCACAUUAGUUUUCUCUGUGUAUAUUGACUCUUUGUAAUAUUUCAUAUAUACAUAUAUAAUUAAAUAGAUAGGACAAAAAUGA